AUUAGAAGAGUUACCACAACAUCAUGGAGCCUGUCAGCCCCACUGUGAUUUCCAUGUGGAGAAUUUUACAUCUGCUAGAGAGAGAAAAACUGGAUGCUUCAAAGACGACUGUAGAAUCUUCACCAGUAGCGCCGCCCAGAAGAAAGCACCUCCAAAAACAGAAGAGCACUGGAACCAUUGGCAGCAGACGUGACGAUGACAACAGGCACCACCACGACUGGGGCAGCGCGGCAGACGACGUCGACGACAACAACAACGCCAGCUGCUGUGGUCAGAGGGAGGCUACCGUGAUGUCCGGCACCACCAGAGAAGGACGGAGCCGCACGCGCAGUGCGUCUCGCGCUGUGACGUCAACGCCGACCUCACCGCAGCAGCAACCUGCCACCCCUAGUCUGAACUUGAACUCGUUUAGUGAAGUCAGCACCGCGGAUCACCAAGGCUGGCUCAUUGACAAUUUAAGGGGUGGCAGGGUAUGGUGUGCUCUGUGUGGAGAUACGCUCUGUAUCUUCGAGGCUGACGACACUAGUGUUUCCAAAAAGGCGAUACCUUUGCAAGGAUGCAAAGUUCGAACAGUGGAACAAUCUCCGCUGUUUAAAGACAAGCCAGUUUUGGAUAACUUCAAACAAAAAAUCUCACCAAGGGAUUCAAAUGGUGAAAAAUUUCGUUUUAUCCUGGAACAUCCCAAAACUCGCCAAAAGCACCUGUUUGGUGCCACUUCAAAAGCAGAGCUAAAUCAUUGGGUUUUGGCUCUCAGCAAAGUGUGUUUAUGUGACCCUGCUGAUAUUGAUACUCAGAUCAAUUUAAAUCAAUCGAACGGGAUCAAUAGUUCAUCGAUACACCACCACAAUGAUAACGCAACCUGCCAACCUCCCACACACAAUCUGCCCCCACACAAUCUGCCCCCACCAAUCCUGGACACCCCCUCGAGGUCGCUGUCAUUUUCCCAGCCGGCUGACUACAGUAAAGACACAGUGGUCGAGCUGCGCAGAAAGAUGCGCAAGGAUCACCACGAGCUUGACCACAGGUCAAGUCCAAUGAAAGCGACGUACUACGUCGACCAAAACAUUCAACAACUGGCCAGGUCGUCUUUAGACGAGACCAGCAAAUCAAAAACAUUCUUCGGGAUGAAAUCGCCUAUGGACAUCUUACGACGGAAGAAGCGAUCGUCUUCAGCUGACGAUGCCGGAAGUAGAAAAAAACUACAGCACCCAACUCCUCAAGACAAGCCAUCAAGUCCAAAACUACAGCAUGAGAAUCGCGCGCAUCGUGACUCCACCAAUAGUGAGGAGAGUUUAGACUCGUCCAUCUCCACAUCGCCAGUCUCACUCACCAAACCCUGGGAUAAGAAGAGACAUUCCAUCAACUUCGGAACAAGUAUCCGGAAAUCUUUUUCCGAGUUCAAAGACCGAGUUUCCAACAGCGGCGGAGUCAAAUCUUCUGAGAGUCUAAGACUCCGGGACUUGAAAUCCAUCAAGGAGUCAGGGUACCUCCAGUGCCGACAGGAGUAUAAGUUCGUCAAAGUAUUUUGUGUUCUGUCUAGAGGCUGGUUGUACGGCUUUAGGAGUGAGAGACCGGCAGAGGUGCCGGUUUUUUCCGUGAUGUUGAACCAGUGUUCCGUGGGGUACUUGAUGGAGCCGGAGAACAGGAAGAAGACGUUGUUCGCGUUCAAGCUCAGCCAGACUCGUUGUCCCAGCAUUUACUUCUGCGCUAGCGACCAGCAGACGUUGGUCAAGUGGAUGAUGUCACUGCAGACGGAAGCUGUCAGGGUUCAGUUGGAGAAAAACCUGGCAAGCGAGCUACGAGAAAACAAGGCGUCCCAAAAGGCAAGACAAGCGGAAGAAAUUGGCAUGUCACCGACCGACAAGGACCUGGCACGUCAUGUUCAGCUGCGCAUGAAACGUCACUCGUGCCCAACUUUCAGCCAGGAGGAGCUUAAAAUUCUGUACGACAAAACUUCAGCAUUUGACGACAUGGGACACAACUCAUCAAAUACGGAAUGUCACAAGGGAAAGAACUUAAAUAAUGAAUUUCACGAAAAGGGACACAACUCAAUAAAUACCUCACAAAACAUGCAUUUAACUAACAAUUUGAAGGUUGAGGACGAAAAAUACUCAAGAUCAUCUAGUUAUGAUUCAAAUUUCUCUCAGGAACUAGUACUGGUAUACGAAGACGCCAACCCUAUCCCUACCUUAGUUGAAGAGACUCCGGAUAUGCUUGAUGACACAAUAACCGUUGGAAAUAAAGACAGUUCCGGUAAUAUAAACAUCCCCAGCAGGAACUCCGUCAAAGACAGCCCGACGUUCAAACCCGGACACAGGCGAACCAACACGGCGUACUCCAUAGAGGUGAAGAACAUGAGCGAAAAAAUGUUCCAGAGAGCCGGAAUCGCAGUCAGACGUGCGGCGUCUUUAGAUAAGACGGUGAUUCAACGACCGACGAAAUUCGAAUCUCGGUAUCCGGAAAAAGUGACAAAAUUCUCGGCAUGUAAUCUAAGUGUAUCCUCAACUGAGAGAUUAUCGACUUCCGGGGAUUUGUAUGAUUUAGAUGAUGAUGCGAAUGAUGUUCCGGAUUCCGGGUUGGCGAAUUUCGCGGAUAGCGGGAUUGAGAUAAGUAAACUGGACAUGGAUACGAAAAGUUUGGAGUCGUGGGACUCGACUAUGUCGUCGAUGUGGAGCUCGUCACACGAUGACGUACCGGAAAACCGGUUCCGUGUGCUGACGUCACGCCACGAGCCGGUCGUUGCCGGCAAGUUGUCGACGGAUGAGGAUUUCCUGAUGAGCGUCAUCCAGGACCGGUUGCGUCAGAGGAGCUUGAGGGGUUCCAGCGGCCGCGGCAAUGACGUCACGUCUAGAAGUUCAGUCAUGGUUGUGGAGGAGGAUUGGAGCCAGAUGACCAGAGCAGGGCCUAGGACUUACCCUUUAGCCUAG